AUGCAGAUUCCUUUACUUCGGUUACAAUGUGGCAAGGUCGGCGAGACCUCCGCUGCAGCUCGGUAUGCGGCCACAACUGCCGCUCAAGAUUUCGCGAUCGAGGCUGAGAAGCCCUAUGCGGAGCUGUGGAUGGGCACUCACCCCUCCCUGCCCUCGAAAGAUGUCGAAACUCAACGGACCCUCCUCGAUCUCGUCCAAGACAACCAAGCUUUACUUUCGACAGAGAUCAGCGAGCGCUAUGGCGGUCGUCUUCCUUUCCUCUUCAAGGUGCUUUCUAUUCGCAAGGCACUCAGCAUCCAGGCCCACCCCAACAAGAAGCUUGCAGAGCAGCUUCAUGCCCGGGAUCCCAAGAACUACCCUGAUGACAACCAUAAGCCUGAGAUGACCAUCGCCAUCACACCCUUUGAGGGGCUAUGCGGCUUCCGCCCCCUCGCCGAGAUAAUACACUUCCUGCAAGCAAUCGAGCCCCUCCGCACCUUGAUCGGCGACCAGGUCGCCAGUGAAUUUGAGAAGAUUGUGAAGGGGAACGAAGAGUCAGGGGAUGGAACUAUCGUGCAGCGAAACAAGGACGCCUUACGAGCUAUGUUUACCUCGCUGAUGGAGUCAUCUUCGGAGAAGAUCGAAGCUGCCUCAAAGGCCCUGAUCGCAUUGGCAGAGAGCUCGCCGGCGAGCUUCGGUACCCUUCCUGAGGUUGAGACUAACCCUAGCGACCCGGCUGAGUUGGCUGCCAUCAUCCAGCGACUCAACGGACAGUUCCCCAACGAUAUUGGCCUGUUUGUGUUCUUCUUCCUUAACUUCAUCAAGCUCGAGCCCGGCGAGGCGAUGUUCUUGAAGGCCGAUGACAUCCACGCCUAUGUCUCUGGUGAUAUCAUCGAGUGCAUGGCUUCCUCCGACAACGUCGUGCGCGCGGGAUUCACCCCCAAGUUCAAGGAUGUGGAUACCCUAACACAAAUGCUGACCUACUCGUACGCUCCUAUCGAAGAGCAGAAGCUACGUCCUGUGGACUACCCGUACACGGUUUUCAACGCGACGGCUUACUCGAGUGGCUCGUCAUCGCUGCUGUAUGAUCCCCCGAUCGAGGAGUUCAGUGUGGUCAAGACCGACCUGAACCGCAAGGGUGCCAAGGCCACAUUUGGCCCGGUCGCCGGCCCCAGCAUUCUGAUCUGCACUCGUGGCCAGGGCACUAUCACUAUCGGCCAUAAGACCGAGGAGGUUCGAGAGGGCUACGUUUUCUUCGUGGGGGCAGACGCGGAUUGCAUAAUCCAGAACUCUGGUAGCGGAGAAGGCGAGGAUGUUUUUACAACCUACAAAGCGUUCUGCGAGCUGGACGGUGAGAACAAGGCCAAACAAUGA